AUGGUCAGUGUCGUACAGAGCACACUUACAAUCAUUCUAAGUGCUGAAUUCAUAAUUGGAAAUUUAGGAAAUGGAUUCAUAGCACUCGUGAACUGCAUUGACUGGGUCAAGAGGAGAGAGAUCUCUUCAGCUGAUCAAAUCCUCACUGCUUUGGCAAUCUCCAGAAUUGGUCUGCUCUGGUUAGUAUCUAUAAACUGGUAUAUAUCUGUGUUUUUUACAGUUUUACUUGUGCCUGGAAAACUGUUAAGAGUGAAUAGUAUUGGCUGGACAGUGACCAAUCAUUUCAGCAACUGGCUUGCUACAAGCCUCAGCAUCUUUUAUUUUCUCAAGAUAGCCAGUUUUUCUAACUCUAUUUUUCUUUACCUAAAGUGGAGAGUUAAAAAGGUGAUUUCAAUGAUACUGCUGGUGACCUUGGUCCUCUUGAUUUUUAAUAUUGUACUGAUGAACAUGCAUAUUAAUGUCUGGAUCAAUGAACAUAAAGUAAACAUGACCGGCACUUCUAGGAUGAGCAACUUUGUACAACUUUCCACUCGUACUUUAUUCAUUAACACUCUGUUCACUAUCAUACCCUUUGCUGUGUCCCUGAUAAUUUUUCUUCUGCUUAUCUUCUCCUUGUGGAAACAUCUCAAGAAGAUACAGCACAAUGCCAAAGACUCCAGAGAUGCCAGCACCGAGGCCCACAUAAAAGCCAUGAAAAGCAUGAUUGCUUUCCUCCUACUAUUUGCCAUUUACUUUCUGUCUCUUUUUGUGUCAAUUUGGAGCUUUAAAUUUCCAGAGAGAAAGCAGAUCAUUAUGUUUUGCCAGGUUAUCGGAAUUAUCUAUCCUGCAGGUCACCCAUAUGUCCCGAUUCUGGGAUACAAUAAGCUGAGACAAACCUUUCUUUCAGUGCUGUGCUGGCUUAGGUCAAAGAUGGAGAAUCUUCAGGCCCGUAGACCAUUUAGAGAUUCAUCUUGCAUAUCCUAG